CUAGAGUUUUCUGUAAACAUGGUGCUCUGGCUGAAGCAUUUCUCGAAAUGGAAGGGGAAGUGUUGUAGGUGCAGAAAACACAGAAAGCAGAAGAAAAAGGAAAAGGAAUCGGACCGCCAGACGGAGAAUGAGUUGUGGUUGGAGUACCAUGGCCCACAUCUGCACAUUUGGCCAUUUCACGACCUCCUCGUCAGAUUGGAAACGAAUCUCUCCGCGGGACUAUCCUCCCAGGCGGCGGCAAACAAAUUAGCCAGAAAUGGCAAGAAUAUCCUACCCCUUCCCAUUAAACAGGAUGUGGGACUUUGGAAAUUCAUCAAGAAUUGCUUCAGCAUUUUGGGCAUCUUCAUACUGCUGAGUUCUGUUUGCUGCUUUGUGCUGUAUUUCAUCUUUGAAGCUUACACGACCACCAAACAAUCUGAUCCAGACUUACUAGUUGCGGGACUCAUACUACUCAUCGUUUUUUUUCUCACAGGAUUCGUACUCCAUUUGCAGGACGAAGAAAGUGAAGAAAUGAUCACGGCUUUCGACGAACUGAUGCCGAUGUAUUGCACUGUGAUUAGAGAUGGGGAAAAGGAGAUCAUCCUCACUCAGGAUGUGGUAAUUGGAGAUAUUGUACCGAUAAGUUACGGUCAGCGGCUUCCUGCCGAUCUGCGAUUCUUUAGCACUUCGAAUCUGGAGGUUAAUAAUGUCGCUCUGACAGGAUACUCGAAACCCGUUCAUGUCACUCCUUUGGCGAAUGAGGGGCGCCAGAGAUACUCCAGAGUUGAAUUCAUUUAGGGGUUUUGAAAAUGUAUUGCACUUUACUGAAUAAUGCAACAUUUUAUAGCCUUUAAAAAUAUUAAUAAAUCAAAUCAAAUAUAAUCUAAA